UCUGGCAAGCGGUCACACUGUCUAAAUUGGCAGGACUAUCGAAGAAGUGCCAUCUCUAGCGGCUAUCAACAGGAGAUUGCGCGGAAUUUCGGGAAUUAAGGUUAUUUUUAUGCACCAACAUUUCCGAAUCGAAAGGCAGCCCACCUAAUUGACGAUACGGACUUGUCCAGUCCAAAAACCAACCAAUUUUACUAUAAAGAACGUGAUAAAAUGAAUUCCACACAAAACCCGAUUUAUCACACCUCCGUGGAGCAGAAACGACAUGCUCAAGAUGUGGCCAAAAGGCAGCGAAUGGGAAAGCAAAUGCCAAAGCUACGCGAAAUGCUGCGAGAGAAGUACCGCAAGCGCAUUAUAGAAACCCGCAAUAGAUGCACGGACGCCAAUCGCGAAAUACAACUGUCGGAACUCAGGGACAUCCUUCGUCUGGAGCUCAGUGAGUUGGAAAAAGAUGUAGAGCUGGAGCAGCUUAUCCUGGAAGAACUACUCGCCGAUGUGAACGAGUGGUAUGCCCUGGGUGAAAAGAACCUGGAAACCCUAUACGUAGAGCCGGAUGAGAAGCAAAAGGAUGUCCUGUGUCCAGUUUGUCAGAUAAAAAGCCUAAGACGCCACAAAGGCGCCUUUUUGUGCGAGUGUGGCAUCCAGUUUGAGCACUCUGCCAAUGUGGAGCAGCUUCAGGUACUCCUACAACAGCAAAUAGCCAGCCACGAGCUCAAUUGCACCCAGGCCCUACGAUUCUUCAUCGAACCCUCUUCGGGACACCUGUAUAACAUGUGCGGCAGCUGCGACUACUUUUCCUCCGUUUAGUUAAUGCUUGCACCAUGUUUUUUUAAUGAAUUUUUGAACCGCUGGUUGCGUCUAGUAUACGAUCUUAUAUGUUAUUUAAUUUUCUUAGUAAAUUAAGCUAACGCGUA